AUGGAAAUUUCUCUUUCAAACACGGCUCUUACCGGCACAAAACCACGCCACCAUGGCUUCAUGCCUGAAAACCACUUUCAUCUAUCAGUUUUCAGCCAAAGAUUACAAUACAGAGGCCCGGACAGAUGGGAUCAACUAGUAACAAAAAGGCAUGGACCGGCUCGAGCCAUGUCGAAAGCUAAUGACUCUUUGUCAUCUGACAUCACUGAAGUCGACAAGGAAAAGGAGGUGAAGAAGAGGAAGAUGACUACGGAGAGGGAAUUAGCCCGAUGCUGGCCUGAAAUACACGGGGAGGACGAUUGGGCAGGCUUGACUGAUCCAAUGGAUCCAUUAUUGAGAAAUGAGCUAAUUAAGUAUGGAGAAAUGGCUCAAGCUUGCUAUGAUGCAUUUGAUUUUGAUCCUUAUUCAAAGUAUUGUGGAAGUUGUCGAUUUACUAGGCCCGAAUUCUUCGAUAGAUUGGGCAUGGCAAGUAUUGGUUAUGACAUGGUUGGAUAUCUUUAUGCCACAUCUAACAUCAACUUGCCCAAUUUCUUCAAGAAAUCAAGAUGGCCAAAGGUGUGGAGCAAGAACGCGGAUUGGAUUGGAUACAUCGCCUUGUCUAACGAUGAGAUGUCUAAAAAACUAGGACGACGUGACAUAACCAUCGCGUGGAGAGGUACGGUGACACGCCUCGAGUGGGUGGCAGACAUGAUGGACUAUCUAAGACCUAUUUCAUCCGACAAAAUUCCGAGCCCUGAUCCUACGGUUCGAGUUGAAUCAGGGUUUCUCGAUCUCUACACCGACAAAGACGAGAACUGUAAGUACUGCAUGCAUUCAGUCAGAGAGCAAAUCAUAACUACAUUAAACAAGUUAAUCGAAAUAUAUCCAGACGAUGAGCUGAGCAUAACGAUCACAGGCCAUAGUCUAGGUGGUGCAUUGGCAAUACUUAGCGGAUACGAUAUCCUCGAAACAGGAACAAAUAUAAGGAAUGAUACAAGGGCUGUCCCUAUUUGUGUAUUCUCAUUUGGAGGUCCGAGAGUUGGGAAUUUGAGAUUCAAAGAACGGUUAGAUUUGUUAGGACUAAAAGUACUGAGAGUGGUGAAUAUUCAUGAUAUAGUACCCAAGUCUCCUGGAUUAAUUUUUAAUGAAAACCUUCAUCCUAUGUUUUUGAAAUUGGCUGAGCAACUUCCUUGGAGCUACUCGCAUGUGGGAGUAGAACUUGCAUUGGAUCACAAGGUUUCUCCAUUUUUGAAACAUGAUGCUGAUCUAGCUUCUGCUCAUAAUUUGGAAGGUCACUUGCAUUUACUCGAUGGAUACCAUGGAAGAGGGGAGAGGUUUGUGCUUGCAAAUGGAAGGGAUUAUGCAUUGGUAAACAAGGGUUGUGACUUUUUGAAAGAUGAAUAUGAAAUCCCACCAAAUUGGAGGCAAGAUCCUAACAAAGGAAUGGUUAUAGAUAAAGAAGGACGUUGGGCGCAGGAGGAACGUCGUCUAGACGAUGAUCUCCCAAGCGAUCUACAUCAUCACCUCAAGUGA